AUGGUGUUUGAGCUGACAAUCUCUGAUUCCAGAGAAGAUGCCCUUGCCACCACCAUCUUGGAAACUGGCAUAGAAACCACCAACCCUGUUUGGCUUAGUGAUGUCAUCUUUUGGCUUAUGUCCAUCAUGAGCCCCAGAAAGGGAGCUAACCCUGAUGUUUUUCUUUCUUCCUGCAGAGGCCUGAAGGGCGUGAUUGUCACUCUGAGUGAUAACGGCCAUCUGCAGUGCUCCUACUUGGGUACAGACCCGUCUCUGUUCCAAGCCCCCAAAGUGGACUCUAGAGAAAUAAACUAUGAAGAGCUCGAUGUUGAAAUGAAAGAGCUACAGAAAACCAUCAGAGACGUCAACAAAUCCCCAGGUCCUCUGACGCUGUCUGAGAAAGAAGAUUUUCUGUCGGUUUUUGCCACCGUCUCCUCCACCCUGGACAGUGUGUCUCAAGCCACCAGCAAUGAAGUGGGAGCCGAAGUCGUCCCCUCUGUCACAGUGAAGGUCAUGAUACAGAGCCGGGUACCUUUGCAGAAAACCAAGUUGUCUGUUUAUAUCGAGCCACCAUUAGCAUCCACCUGUGAUCACUUCAUCUUUGAUUCCUUAGAGCCAGAUAUUCUGAAAACCUUCAGCUUGUCUGUGUUUCUGAAAGGAAAUUACCUGCCCUCCGAGCUGGACGGCACUGCCGUGGCCUCCUACAGCAUGACCACAGACCUCAAUCCGGAUGGUAUCCCUCGAGUUGUCCAGUGUAAAUUCAGACUGCCCCUGAAAUUGAUUUGCUUGCCCAGUCCACCUUUCAAAAUAGCGAUUCACAAACUCACGAUUGAUACGAACAAGCCUCCUAUCAGCCUCUCCAGCCUCUUCCCAGGCUUUGCUGAGCAGCUGGAUGACGAUCAGGGGAACGUGAUUGGCUUUCGCUUCAUAACUGGCUCCCGCGUCACUCUCCUUGCAUCAAAGACCUCUCAACGGUAUCGAAUCCAGAGUGAACAGUUUGAAGACCUUUGGCUUAUUACCAAGGAGCUCACUCUUCGUCUUCAGGAGCACUUUGAAAAACAGGGAAUCAAAGAUUUCACUUGUUCUUUCUCAGGGUGUAUUCCUCUGCAAGAAUAUUUUGACCUAAUUGACCAGCAUUUUGAGCUCCGAUUGAAUGGAGAAAAAGUGGAAGAACUGCUCUCUGAAAGAGCCAUCCAGUUCCGAGCCAUAGAGCGCCGGCUGCUGACCAGGUUCAAAGAUAAGAACCCGGCCCCUCUCCAGCAUCUGGACACCCUGUUGGACGGCACGUACAAGCAGGUGAUCGCCCUGGCUGAUACUGCGGAGGAGAACCAUAGAAGUCUGCUGCAGUCUUUCGCCAAGCUGAAGAGCGCCACCCACUUGGUGAUCAUGCUGAUCGGCCUGUGGCAGAAGCUCAACGCUGACCAGGUCGCCAUUUUGGAGGCCGCGUUUUUGCCCCUACAGCAGGAUUCUCAAGAGCUGGGCUGGGAGGAAACGGUGGACGCUGCGGUGGCUCACCUGUUGAAGACGUGCCUGUCCAAGAGCUCCAAGGAGCAGGCCCUGAACCUCACGAGCCAGCUGAACAUCCCCAAGGAUACGACUCGCCUGAAGAAGCACAUCAGCCUUCUCUGCGACCGCCUUGCCAAGGGCGGCCGCCUCUGCCUGAGCACCGAGACCGGGGCCCAGCAGACCAUCAUCAUGCCAGGUGGUUGUGCUACCAUUCCAGAGCUAGACCCGGAGGAGAGAGCGAUCGAGCAGGACCCGGGCGCCCUGUUCCCCAGUCCCAGUUCCCCGGCUGCCCAGACCCUCGAGCCAGAAUCUCCUGCCCCUGCCACAGUUCUGGAGUAAUCAAACUGGAGCCAUCCAAUUGGGCAGGAGCUGAGCCUCCUCACACUGGCCAGAUGUUGUCCGUGUGUGGCGUGCAGGAGCAGCUUUGGGGCGACCUCGGGCUCGGAGCCUCCUCGCCUCCACAAAGGGGGCUUUGGACAGCGGCGGGAGGGAGGACACCGACCUUAGAGCCCCGGGCUUCCUUGUCGUAUGUGGGUCUGGAGGGGAGCAUGUGGGACAAGUGCUUCACUGCCGAACGCUCGGGCCCAAAGGCUCCCAGUUGUUGUUAGUGAGCUCAUCCAGAAAAGGAACCACUGUUUACUAAAGCUACAAUGGCAUGGAUUUUAUUUAUCAUCCAAGGCUUGUGCUAGCUGACAUCUCUCCAACUUUCCCCUGUAAAAGAGAAAGAAUCCUGCGACUUCUCCCAUCCCUCCUAAAAUCUUAAAAGAAUCCUUUAAAAACACACAAACACAACCUCGAAUCUCUCCCUGGUUUAAUGCAUUCACCUCUCCUUGAAAGAGGCAAGUUUUGUGCUAUUCUAAGAAACGAACUUGCCGUGUUUUCAAGGUAUGGAAAGCCAGUCCACUUUUUCCAGGGCCCCCAUUUAUAACAGGGAGUCACACUUUAUAAUUAAACUUUAAUGGAUUCAGGAACCAGGGAACUUUCCUGCCAACUCUUUGGGGUUGAAGUGACAUGUUCAAAGCCAAUUUACUCCUGAGUAGACAUGUUUACACUAGUCUCGGACCCCCAGAAACCCCAUACUUUGGGGAGGGGAGUAUAUAAAAAGGUCCAGUAAAAAGUUCAUUGUUGAUCUUUUUUCCUAAGGAAUUGAAAACAAGAACCGACCCUAUUAACUAUUUGUUAUUACCAUUGGGUUUCUUUGAAAGAAGCAAAAGUUAUUUAAAAAAAAUAAACAUCUACAAUUAAAAACACGGCCCAAAGUGGGACAGCUCCAGCCCUCGUCGGCUUUAAUCGCAUCCAGCCCAUGACGCACGUACCGAAAAGCCAUGGCCCGUUUUGCCUAAUGUCGCAAAAACAGAACCUGGCUUGGCGAAGCCACGGCGGGGAUGGGACGUCAAAGACCUGUCCUGUUUCCUGUGGAGGGGCUUCUAUCUCUGUCUCUUUCUCAGGUGUAUCUAUGCAAACCUCGGCUCCCACUGCCCUCUGUGUCUCUUUCUUGUACCUCCCCCCUUGACUCUCUGGGGUGUCUGUCCUUCUGGAUGUGAUGCUUCUAUGUACACGUCUUUAUGUGUCCCUUUUCUCUUACUUUAACCCCCCUCCCACUCUCCUGCUCACCUGCCUGCAUCACAGUAGCCCCCAUUCCCGCCCAUUCCUUUCCCUCCCAAGUUAAUUUUCAUUAUAGCCCCCCCCCUCUCUCUCUCUUCCUCCUCCUCCUCCUCCUCCUCUUUCUCCUCCUCUUCCUCUUCCUCCUCCUCUUUCUCCUCCUCCUCCUCUUGCUCUUGCUAUCUCUUGCUCGCUCUCGCUCUCUAUCCCCAUUCCCCCUGCUCUCUCCCCAUACCCCCCCCAUUUAUGUUUUCCUUCUGCUCCACAUUUACCAAAAAGAGCUUAGACUCCUUAGCACAGCAUUCAAGGCCUUCCACAACGUACUUCUCUGUCUUUGCAGCCCUCGUGCACGCUUCCUUAAACUGAAGGUGUGCGUGGCGAUACUGUCCCCCACCAUCCUUGGGGCAAAGGAUCACCCUGCCUCCUGCCCCUUCCUCCCAAGUCAGGCCCUCUCUUCCAGCCCAGAGCUGUGGAUUUCGUCUCUCUGAGUCCGGAAUCUGCCCUGCCCUCAUUUUGCACUGCUUUUAUCAGCCAAUCAGCCCAACACUCCCAAGCAUUCUCUGAGUGCCCACUGUGGGCCAGACACUGCCCGGUGCCCGGGGGGGGGCAGAUUCGCCCGCUCCCAAGGAGCUCCAGCACCCGAGUUGGCGUUGGGACCCAUCAGGGUCCAGACAAAUGUCACAGUCGCUGCAUUUGGCUCCUCCUGCCGUCUGUCAGAGUGCCGUCCGUCCUCCAGAACCCAGCCCCGCUCCUUAAUGAUCCCCUGCCCCAUUCCGUACACUACCUUUGCCCCUGUCCUCUGUUUAUCUCACGUUGUUUUUUACUGUAGCCAUUUAUGUGUCUGUCCUGCCCCUUAAUAGACCAUUAGCUCCACGAGGCUCCAACUCAGGGAGUCUUUGCCUCUCUUCAGUGGAAGAAGCAGAAUAGAUCCAUAAUCAAUGUUUGUUGAAUGACUGAAUGAACGACUGUCCCAUUCACAUGGGCUAUGCGAUUGUCUAUUUCUAACCCCUCCCUCUCAUCUCUUUUCCCAGGCUAUAAUAUAGAACUGAAGUAUGUGGGUCUAUUAUUUGUUAAAUUUCUUUUUAAGCUCACUGUUCUUAAUUUCAAAAUGCAUGAAUGGAACAUUUUAUACUUAUUUUUAUCUGAAAAUAAAAAUAAUAUGCAUCCAACUCAGAAAA